UUAAAGGUUGAAGAAAAGGAGAAGCACAAAAGCAAUAAAAUGGCAGCAUCAGAAAACCUAUGUGAUGGUGCUGGUGAUGACAGUGACGAUGACGCAUUACUUCAAGAAAGAAAGAGUAGAAAAACUGACAGUUGGCAAUUUCCUAGGAUGGAGAAUGAAGUGUGUGAUAGGCCUGCAAAGAAAACACCUAAUGAAAAGAACAAGGUGAAAGAACAAAUACAGUCUAUGAGUGACCAUGAUGACUUAACUUGGUCAUCUGCAACAGCCCCAGAGGAUUAUUUUGUUAUCCUAUUGAAAAUGCAAGAUGCCAUUCUUUCCCAGCAAAGAUUAGUAGAACUUAAAAGUAAUGAGUGUGAAAGACUCACAAUAAAAAUUGGAAAAAUGGAAAACGAGGUUAGCGUUCUGCAAGAUGAGCUCUAUGAAGCCAAAAAAAUAAUGUCACAGUUAAAUUAUGAAAAAGCCGUAUGGGAAUGUGAACUCUCUACUUUGAGAUGUACCUUAAAAGAAGAAGGAGAGAAGAGAAGAAAUGCUGAUCUGUUAUAUGAAAACACUCGAGAAGAGAUAAGAAAAAAGGAAGAGGAAUGCAGGAAAGAAGUUGAAAUGAAACAACAAGCUGAAGAGUCUGUCAAAACACUGAAUGCAGAAAUGAAUAUAUUAAGAAACUAUUUGUCUGAGCUUGCAGAAAAGUACAACGAGAGUCAGAGGCAGCUAUAUGGAGAGCGGAAUGCCAGACAAUUACAAGGUUGGAUUCUGGCCAAUCAACUUUACACACAAACUGAAACAGAAAUGACUCUGAGGGAAAUGGAAUCUCAGAUUUGUCAGAGUUAUGAAAAAGAACGAUUUCUCAUGCGUACAAAUGACAUGUUGCAUGAAGAAAUAGCCAUGCUACAAAUGGAAAUAGCCACAAUAAAAUAUCAGAAUGAGGAAAAAGAAAAUAAGUAUAUCAACCACAUUAAAAUUGUGGAAGAAGUGAAUGAGAACCUUCAAAUGACCAUGAAAAAGAAUGUGGAAAAGUUAACAGACACAGUAUCUCAGUAUAGUGACCAGCUUAAUGCUCUGGCAUGUGAGAAUGCCUUGCUAAAUGCUCAACUACAAAAUGAAAAAGAGAGCAAGGAACAACUGCAAGCAGAACUUGAAUCCUGCAGUUCUAGACUGACUGCUGCAAUACAUGAUCAAUACGUUGAUCAAAUUCUGAUGUCAGGAAGAGACGUCGAAAUGUCUUUCCAGAGAGCAGGACAUGAGUGGUUUUGCUUACGGAAUGAAAUAAAUGUACCUGUGUCUGAUCUCAAAGAAAACCAUGAGAUUUUUGGUCAAAACUGUUCUAAGGCUCAAAGUCAAAUCGGUAGCCUGGAAGAUGAGCUCCAUAGCACAAGAAAUGUUCUGAGAGAUAAGACUCUGUCUUUGGAAUGUGUCCAAAGACACCUCUACCAAACAGAAUGUCAAAUGGAAAAGAUCAAUCAAAUGUAUGAAAAUGAACAAUAUCACGUGAAGAAAUACAUUGGACAACAGGAAUAUCUAGAGGAGAGAAUAUCUGAACUAGAAAGAGGAAAUAUGUUGCUUCGAGAGCAACUGGUGUACGCUCACAGCAGAGCAGAGCAUAAAGAGGAGACACUGAUGAAUAUGCGAGAGCAAUUUCAAGAUACUGUGAAAAACCUUCUAGCUGAGAACGGAAAGCAAACCCGUCUGCUAGAAGCACAAGCAGCAUCGGAAGAAUACAGACGACAGUUGAGAGAGAAUCAUCUGGCUGCAGUAAGCAGUCAGAGGGAAUUCAGAAUGAAUAAUCUUGAAUCCCAAAUCUCCAAUAUGACAACUGCUCCAGAAGAUUUUCAUUGUAUUGAACUGGAAAAAUAUAAACACUUCUAUCAAUUAGAGUUAGAAGACAGAAAAUACUUGCCAAAGAAACUAAAAAUAGCUACUGAGAGGCCAGCAGCGUUCAGUAGCAGUCUUGUUGCAGAGACACAGGAGACCAGAAGUUUCUCUGGCCCUUGUACAAUGAGCACAGAGUCAGCUUCUGCUGGAACUGUUGUUGAUGGGUUAGGUCUUCACAGAGAAUUUCCUGGAAGAGAAUACUCACUGUUUUCUUCUUCCUGCCCAUGGACUUUAGAUACCAGCUUGAAGAAUAACUUGAGUGAGAUGCAGCAGGAGUUGGAAGAAAUAACUUCAGGACUAGAAGUAGCACCACAGGAUUUUUGCGCUUUCAAUGUGGUGAAGUUGAACACUAUAAGUGAGAGAUUGAAGAAAGCACAAGAAAGGCACAAGCAGCAUCUGAAGAAUACAGAGAACUUCACUUAGAAGUCAGAUGGAACUCAGAAUGAAAGAUCUUGAAUCUGAAGUCUCCAACAGGAAAACUUCUUGAGAAGUCUUUCAUUAUAUUGAAUUGGGAAAAUACAGGCACCUCUAUCAAUUAGACUUGGAAGCUAGAAAAUACUUGUCAAACAAAAUUAAAAAUCUUCACAGAACUACUGAGAGACUAGCAGCAUUCAGUAGCAAUCUUUUUGUGGAGACAGGAGACCAGAACUUUCUUUACCACUCAUGGACAGUCCUAUAGUCACCUCCUGGUGGCAAUCUUAAUAAUGGUUUAGGUCUUCACAGAGAAUUUACUUCAAAAGAAUACUCAACGUUCUCUUUUUCCUGCCCAUGGACUUCACAUACCGGCAUGAAGAACAACUUGAGUGAGAUGCUGCUGGAUAUUCUCCUGUGGAAGAGCUUCUUCUCUAGAUUCACUGAUGAGUCAAAUCUAAAUGAAGACAUUCUUUAGAAAGCAUCAUGGAAAUAUGUGCCAAUUUUUUUUUAAAAAAAAUAUACAAUGUGAAAGACUUUUAAGUAGGUCUUGCAAAUGAAAGCCAGUUUUACAUCCUCAGACUGCCAAAAUGUUAGCUGUUUAUAAUUUUAAUUUUAAGCACUGAUUUAUAUGACUCUUUCUUCUUGGAGAAAUAAAAUUUGCCUAAGGCU